AUGGACAAUGCCAAGGAAUCUACUAGGCCCCCAGCAUUGAUUCCUCUGCUGGAGGAGCGGCAGCAGGAGGUGGACAGAUCACGACAGAGGGUGCGAGAGAAACAGACCGUGAUUGAUAUCGAGCGUCAGCUCUCUGGCUUGGCCGCCGUCAACGAUGAGGCCCGUGCAACGGGUUCUGUAAAAGGAAUUAUGACAUGCCGUCAGCACUGGUCCAACCUUCUGGAGGGGCUUCUGACGUGGCCAGCCUCGGACCCCCUGGAAGAUGAACGGCGACGGCGCAACGUAGGUGUAGAGGCCGUGAGGCAGUGCUGUGACUUCCCCGAGGGUGGUCUCCCUUGA